CUAAGGAUACCCGCCCUCCGGAAGCUCCCGGCGAAUGUAGUGUUUUAUUGACUCGGAAGGAAAAGUGAGAGGCAUUUCAUCAGCUUAUUGCCAAGUUUUCGGGUAGUGGAAAACAGGCGUUGGGACAUGGACAGCCGCUUGCAGGAGAUCCGGGAGCGGCAGAAGCUACGGCGACAGCUCCUCGCGCAGCAGUUGGGAGCUGAAAGUGCGGACAGCAUUGGUGCUGUGUUGAAUAGCAAAGAUGAGCAGAGAGAAAUUGCUGAAACAAGAGAAACUUGCAGGGCUUCCUAUGAUACCUCUGCUCCAAAUGCAAAACGUAAGUAUCUGGAUGAAGGAGAGACAGAUGAAGACAAAAUGGAAGAAUAUAAGGAUGAGCUGGAAGUGCAACAGGAGGAAGAGAAUUUGCCAUAUGAAGAAGAGAUUUACAAAGAUUCUAGUACUUUUCUUAAGGGGACACAGAGCUUAAAUCCCCAUAAUGAUUAUUGUCAGCAUUUUGUAGACACUGGACAUAGACCUCAGAAUUUCAUCAGGGAUGUAGGUUUAGCUGACAGAUUUGAAGAAUACCCUAAACUGAGGGAGCUCAUCAGACUUAAGGAUGAGUUAAUAGCCAAGUCUAACACCCCUCCUAUGUACUUACAAGCAGAUAUAGAAGCUUUUGACAUCAGAGAAUUAACACCCAAAUUUGAUGUGAUUCUCCUGGAACCCCCUUUAGAAGAAUAUUAUCGAGAGACUGGCAUCACAGCUAAUGAAAAAUGCUGGACUUGGGAUGAUAUUAUGAAGUUAGAAAUUGAUGAGAUUGCAGCACCUCGAUCAUUUAUUUUUCUCUGGUGUGGUUCUGGGGAGGGAUUGGACCUCGGAAGAGUGUGUUUACGCAAGUGGGGCUAUAGAAGAUGUGAAGAUAUUUGUUGGAUUAAAACCAAUAAAAACAAUCCUGGGAAGACUAAGACUUUAGAUCCAAAAGCUGUCUUCCAAAGAACAAAGGAACACUGCCUAAUGGGGAUCAAAGGAACUGUUAAACGUAGCACAGAUGGGGACUUCAUUCAUGCUAAUGUUGACAUUGACUUAAUUAUCACAGAAGAACCUGAAAUCGGCAAUAUAGAAAAACCUGUAGAAAUAUUUCAUAUAAUUGAACAUUUUUGCCUUGGUAGAAGACGCCUUCAUCUUUUUGGAAGAGAUAGUACAAUUCGACCAGGCUGGCUUACGGUUGGACCAACUCUUACAAAUAGCAACUACAAUGCAGAAACAUAUGCAUCCUAUUUCAGCACCCCUAAUUCCUACUUGACUGGAUGUACAGAAGAAAUUGAGAGACUUCGACCAAAGUCACCUCCUCCCAAAUCUAAAUCUGAUCGGGGAGGUGGAGCUCCCAGGGGUGGAGGGAGAGGUGGAACUUCUGCUGGCCGUGGACGAGAAAGAAAUCGAUCUAACUUCCGAGGAGAAAGAGGUGGCUUUAGAGGGGGCCGUGGAGGAGCACACAGGGGUGGCUUUCCACCGCGAUAAUUUCUGAAGACACUGAUCCUGUUAAUGCCCUUCUUAAUUUGUUUGAAUUUCAUUUGGGAGACAUAUUUUAGAAUUUCAUUCCAGCUUGCACUUUGCUUUAGUUUCUCUAAGCUGCAGAAUAUCGAAGCCAGUCUUCCUUGAAUUUGUCAUAGACGCUAUCUAGUUUUGUCCAGGAUAAAUGAGCAGUCCUGCCCUUUGUCAUGUGCAUGUAACUGAACAGAAUGGAACAACACAAAAACUUUCACCUUCAGAGACUGACUGAGUUUAUUCUGAUAUAUUCCAACUAAUUGCAAAGGCUUUUGCAUUUUAGGAAUAAUUGAAGUGAACAAAGACCCACUCUGUGCUAUACUAGUGUGACGGGAGUUGAGAUAAUGUACAUCUUGCCACUGCUGUCACAGCAAAUGGGAAGCUGUUUGGGAGCCUUGAUAGAAUGGAAUUGGGACAGAUGAGAAACUUCUGUUGGGGGUCUUAACAUUUUAUUGAUGAAACAACAGAAAAAGAUGGGUUUUUUUUUUUUCUUUUUAAAAAAUCCUAAACUCAGAUAUAAUCUGAGUAUUUUGCAGACUAAAAAAAAAAACCUUCCAAAAAGCUCAUCAUUAUAAUAUUAAUCGUGUAGCUACACAUGACUCUUAAUCAUGCUUCCUUAGAAGCAAACAAGGACAGAUAGCCAAGUGCUAGCACUUUGGUAUGUAUUUGAACUUGGAUUGACUUUCGAAGCAGUUUUGUGUUCAUUAGCAAAACAGAAGUAACAGAGUCAGCAGCAAAGACACCUAGUUAUCAGGUACUUGUUUUAAACAUUUUGAGGAAUAAAGUACUUGGUGAUGAGAAAAUGACAUAUAUAUCUUUAAACUAGUUAUGGAGAAAGUUUAAUGUGAAAACCAGUUACAGAAAUCCCUCAACUUAAGAAUACAGCUUGGAAAAUAGAACUGCAGUUGCCUUUUAUUAAAACCAUUAUAGUCUUUUGCUUGUUUUUAAGGAACUGGUUUUGCAGAUCAGUUUGUUGUACAAGACUUUAUGCUGUCAUUUCUCUUUCUAUACUGUAACUCAUGUUUUAAAUGGAUUUUCUGAAUUUAAUGAAGUAUCAUUAUUCUUGAUAAAUACAGUUUUUUAUUUUGUGUAUGAUUUUUCCAAUGAAACUUUAAACCUUCAAAAUUUGGGAGUCUGUUUUCUAUAAGAGAAUUACUGUUAUCAAAUGAAAAAAAAAAAAGACUAACAUGAAAUCAAACUCUUCUUUUGGUCUCUGGUGCAUUUUAGUGGCCAUUCUGUGCUUUUCACUGGCUCAUAUCAUACAUAAGACAAGGUUCUAAUACACCCACUAAAGACUCAGCUGAAGAUAAGGACUGAGUUAUGGAAAUAGGGUUGAGAUUCUUAAAAACCUAAUGCAUUUAACUUGCCCAAAUUGUUAGUACUAUUUAGUACAGAUAGCGUUUGACUAACACCUUUCCAGAUGUAGAAAUUAUGUAUUAUGAUUGGUUAGAGUUUUUACUGUUAGAAAUGAAGUUUUCAACUUCAUUAAUUACAAAUUAUCUAAAGCAGAACUGUAUUUCUCAAAGUUGGCCUGGGAAUGAAGAGGACAGAGAGAAGUUCCAUUUGCCCACUGAUGGGUCCUUAGAAGUGUCAGCUGAGGAGUGAUCCUGUCCCAGGCACAGGACUCUAGCAUGUUCCAUGCCCUGGGCCUAGCUGAAGGAAGACAGCAUGCCUGGUGCUCACCUGGCACAGUCACCUGUGAAAUCUCUAUCUCAAGGACAUCUUUCAGGGAGGUAGGGCUGCUUGUAGGUUGAAAGUAGGGAGUAGCCACAGUCCGCCAUAUUUAGAAAAGAGCAAACAAAAGAAUAGAUUGGGGUAAAAGAAGAUCUAGCCUUUAUCCUUUGGAUAAUGUAAUACAGCCUUUUUAAUAACAGAGGGUAGAAUCAACUUUAGUUUUGCCAUCUUUCACUUUUAGUAAAGGUUGCCUCAUCAUUUUUUACAAUAGAAUGUUGUUCAUUGAGGAAAGGUUUCCAAUGAAAGUUCAUUAACCUUUGCUGGCUUCUAAUUCUCUUUAUAUUUGCAUGUCUCAACAUUUUGACAGAAUUAUCUAGGAAUCACCAAAAAUAAAUUUUUAGUUGCUAUACUGAUUUCUAAUUUAUACAUUUGGGAAUAGAAGCUAAUCAUUCUGAAAUAACCUUAAAUUUUUCAGUUUAAAAGUUCUACUAUCUAAGAUUAUACAGAAUUACCAUUCUAGGUAUUCCAAGACCAAGUGUUGAAAUAUCUUCAAUGGGAACUAUUCUCCGAAAGGAGGAUGACAAUAGGGAGACCCAAAGUGCUGCCUGAAUAGGAAUUCUUUUCUGCUUUUCUUCAUAAUGGAGAAUAGAAAAGGGGAGGAAGUUGAUAAUGUCAGCUAGAACAGAUUUUGUGGUAGAAAGUCCCAUACCCAAAGACAAUUGAACCAGAUUAGUCCGAGGAAUCAUGGAGAGAGCAGUCAAAGGGUAGAAUGGUCACCAAACAGCACAGAGAGGGAGAGGACAAGGUGAAAACUGGAAAUCAAGCAUCAGGUCUGUGGAUGCCAGGCCACAUGUCCAGAGCUGGAGUGGAUCAGGACUGCAGCAGUUCUGAUAUCAUUGCUAAGUAGAAGAGACACUUGAUGGCUAUUGGCUCAUAAAUGUAGAAAUUUAAACCUUACCUCCCUUAUUCUAAAGCUGAUUCAGUGUUAUGCUGUAGUUCGAUUUUAAGUUAAUGUAGUUGUAAUGGUAGAUGUCUGGAGUUACAAUGUUCUAUCGAUCAGCUGAGACCCUUGUAUCAUGGCUGUUACUAAGAGUGUUCCAAGGAAUGAUUCCUUUUCAUGUCUUUUAAAAUACCUUCUCCCUGUCUUAAUAGCUAAAUCAUAUCUUUCUGAUUAGUUACGGCAGCUUUUUUUUUUUUUUCUCUUCCACAGCUGCAAGAGCAGCUGGGGAAGAAAAACUUAUAUUAUUUAAAAAUCUGUAUUAAUUUAAAACAUAACUAUUUUCAUUAAGGACAUAAAAUUUGA